UUGAGGUUAACUAUUGGAUGAUGAUGAUGAUACAGUAAUGGGAAGGGUUUUUAAAAUUAUUAUUGGAGAUGUUCAAAGAGUGGUGGAAUGGUGAAAUUAUUUAACACUACAUCCGAAAAAUGCAGGAUGCAGUACUAAAAUACGGUUCUUUAGUCGUACAAGUGAAAACGUUGUGUCUUUAAUCGUGAUCUUCCCUUCGUCAAUUCACCAUGGAUCAUUGGCCAAAAGAUGUUGGUAUUUUAGCCCUAGAGCUGUAUAUUCCCUCUUUAUACGUGGACCAAACCGAACUAGAAGUUUAUGAUGGAGUUUCUACAGGAAAAUACACCAUUGGUUUGGGCCAACAAAAAAUGGGGUUUUGUACUGACAGAGAAGAUAUCAACUCGUUGUGUCUUACCGCAGUUCAGAAAUUAAUGGAAAACUACAACGUUAGUCCACAAGAAGUAGGUCGUUUGGAAGUUGGCACUGAAACUAUCAUUGAUAAAUCGAAAAGUGUUAAAACAGUUCUUAUGCAGUUAUUCGAACCACAUGGUAUUACUGAUAUAGAAGGUAUAGAUACAACUAAUGCUUGUUAUGGUGGUACAGCAGCACUCAUCAAUGCUGUGAAUUGGAUAGAGUCUUCUUCCUGGAAUGGAAGAUACGCGAUAGUCGUGGCAGCUGACAUAGCAGUAUACGCCAAAGGAUCCGCCAGGCCUACAGGAGGAGCUGGAGCAGUAGCGAUGUUACUAGGCCCUAAUGCCCCUUUGGUAAUUGACAGGGGCGUUCGUGCGACGUACUUGAAACACGCCUACGACUUCUACAAGCCGGACCUCACUUCCGAGUAUCCAGUAGUCGACGGCAAACUGUCAAUUCAGUGCUACCUAAGUGCUUUAGACAACUGUUACUCCCUUUACAAGAAAAAAGUGGCGGAGAAGCAUAAAAAGGAUGUUACGCUGAAGGACUUCGACGCGGUUCUAUUCCACACCCCUUUCUGCAAACUCGUGCAGAAAUCCGUAGGACGAAUGGCUCUAAACGACUUUUUACAGAAGCCCGACCUGUACCCGUCUCUGGAAAAGUUCCAAAAGGUGAAACUAGAAGACAGUUACUUCGAUAGAGACUUAGAAAAGGCCUUCGUAGAUGUAAGUAAACAGCAAUUUGUAGAAAAAACGCAACCGUCUCUUUUGGUAGCUACGCAAGUUGGUAAUAUGUAUACGUCGUCUUUGUACGGCGGAUUAGUUUCUUUAUUAGUGAAUAAAAAGCCUGAGGUUCUGGCUGGUAAUAAAAUCGUUCUGUUUUCUUACGGAUCAGGCUUGGCAGCCUCUAUGUUUUCUCUAACAGUUAGUAAUAACACCGAGGCUCUAAAACGUAUAAUUUCGAAUUCUUCUUUGGUGAAAUCAAGGCUAGAGCAGCGGGUUAAAUUUGAACCGAAAAAAUUCGAGGCUAGUUUAGAAUUGAGGCAGGAGACUUGUCACAAGGCUCCUUAUGAGCCUAUCAGUAGUAUAGAAGGGUAUUUCCCGGGAACGUAUUAUUUGAUUAAAAUAGACGAUAUGCAUAGAAGGUUUUACAAUAGGAUUCCUUCGCUCACCAACGGGUAUUCGUAGUCUUUUUUGACCACGUAGUAUUAAUAGAGAGUGGUAUUACGUAUUAAGAAAGUUAUGCUGCAUUUCAAAACAAUCCUGGAUAAAAGAUAUUACGCUUUUGGUUAUUACCAGCAGUUGUUAAAUAGGUUUGUUCGUAGUACGAUCCAAUCGAUCAGCAACCGUUGCCAACCAUCAGACGCAUGCGCAGUUAACAGUUAGCGCUGCGCAGUUAACAGUUCGAGUUCGUAGACUACGAACGCGCUUGCGUCUGACGGUUGGCAACGGUUGCUGAUCGUUCUACGAACAAACCUAAUAUACAGGGUGUCCCGAAAAGAUUGGUCAUAAAUUAUACCACACAUUCUGGGGUCAAAAAUAGAUCGAUUGAACCUAACUUACCUUAGUACAAAUGUGCUCACAAAAAAAGUUACAGCCCUUUGAAGUUACAAAAUGAAAAUCGAUUUUUUUCAAUAUAUCGAAAACUAUUAAAGAUUUUUUAUUGAAAAUGGACAUGUAUCAUUCUUAUAGCAUGAACAUCUUAAAACAAAAUUAUAGUGAAGUUUGUCCACCUCAUAAAAAUUUUAUGGGGGUUUUGUUCCUUUAAACCCCCCCCCCCAAACUUUUGUGUACGUUCCAAUUAAAUUAUUAUUGUGGCACCAUUAGUUAAACACAACGUUUUAAAAACUUUUUUGCCUCUUAGUAUUUUUUCGAUAAGCCAGUUUUUAUCGAGAUGCGGCUUCUUUUUUAAUAUAUUUACAUAAAAAAUUUAUGGGGGUUUUGUUCCUUUAAACCUCCCAAAUGUUUGUGUAUGUUCCAAUUAAACUAUUAUUGUGGUACCAUUAGUUAAACACAGUGUUUUUAAAACUUUUUUGCCUCUUAGUCUUUUUUUGACAAGUCAUCUUUUAUCGAGAUAUGGCUUCUUUUUCAAAAUAUACAUAAGAAUGUAAAUUAUAAAUAAAUUUUCAGAUUAUUAACAGGUCUCUACAAUGGUACUUACCAUAUAAAAAUAUGUGGUGGAUUCGACAAAUAUUCAAAAUAUGUCGAUAAACACUGGCUUAUCGAAAAAGUACUAGGAGGCAAAAAAGUUUUAAAAACAUUGUGUUUAACUAAUGGUGCCACAAUAAUAAUUUAAUUGGAACGUACACAAAAGUUUGGGGGGGGGUUUAAAGGUACAAAACCCCCAUAAAAUUUUUAUGGGGUGAACAAAUGUAACUUUAAUUUUUUUUUAAGAUGAUGCUGCCAUAAGAAAGCCACAUGUCUAUUUUCAAUAAAAAAUCUCUAAUAGUUUUCGAUAUAUUGAAAAAAAUCGAUUUUCAUUUUGUAACUUCAAAGGGCUGUAACUUUUUUUGUGAGCACAUUUGUACUAAGGUAAGUUAGGUUCAAUCGAUCUAUUUUUGACCCCAGGAUGUGUGGUAUAAUUUAUGACCAAUCUUUUUGGGACACCCUGUAUAAUAAUAGGAAUUUUGUCAAAAAUGUAUCAACAAAAAGUUGUAACCAGUCGCUCUAUUUUCUAUGAUUACCAAUGAUAGUAUGAUUAAAAAAAAGGGAUUUUAGGGAAAAAAUUAUUUUGUCAAAAAAUGUUUAAACAAAUUAGACUGUUUAUUAACUAAUAAAUGUCUAGACAAAUUGCAUAUUUGUAAUAUACACAAAAUGUACAUACAAAUUAUAACAAGAAAGAUCAAAAUCCAUUGAGUAGAUCCCGAGAUAUAUAAAGUGAUAGUAGUUUAAAGCUGCUUUUUAGUUUUUGAACUUAUACAUUUGUCGGCUCCCAGCUCUCUCUUCACUUAUCACGGCAAGUCACCAAUUGAACUACAUUUUUAAAAAUUCGUUUAAAAGGCCAGCUUUUCGAAUAUGCAAAAAGAUUUUUUCUCCGUACAAUAUUUUUAAAGUUAUUCUAAAUGUUUAUAAACUACAAAAUUUCCAAAAUUUGGCAUUAGGAUUUUUGACUAUAUUAGAUGAUUUUUCUUUAUCUUUUUUUAAUACAUUUCGAUUAUAUCACUUUUCUACUUUCAUUUGGCAUACGCGGAAUUGCCAUAUCUUCAUUAUUUUCUGUCUUAUGUUAUUGCAAAAUAAAGGUCUCUGGGAUAAACAAAUAGAAUAACUUUUAAACUAAUUAUUGGAUCGGUCUCAAAUUUUGAGGGUCUAUUAAGUACCCCAAUAACCAACUUUGGGUGAAACACUAAAGUUCUAAGUUAGUUUUAGUAAAAGUUAUUAAUAGAUAACGAUUUUCACUUAUUUUGCAGUCUGCGUAGCAACAAAUUAACUUUUUAAAAAUGUAUAAACAUUCUCAAUUUCUUUGUAACACGAAAAUGCAGCAGCUGCAUAAUACUCUGGUUAAAUCUGAGAGUGCAGGAAGAGUCUAUACCGGUUUCGGGGAUUGUUUCCCCCUCAUCAGUAGUCCCAUAUCCUCCUCUCUCAGAUUCUUCCACGUACCACACUUUGGGCCUUUCCGAAUUGCAAAGAAAGAAAUGUCACGGAUGAACUAGGGCCAUCUACCGCAAAACAAAGUAAGUUAUCAAUCGAAGUAGCACAGAAAACGACAAUAAAUAUCGUUCCCAUACCACCAGAUUGACAACAGGUGGAAUACUUUCUUUGGUUACAACCUCCCGAGAUUUUCAAAAAUUAUAAAUCAUACAGGAUGCCGAGGAAAUUAAGAUGAGAGAAUUUUAAAUAAUUCACAACUCAUCUGCUCAGCGUGGUAAAAGCUCCAACAAGAAAGAUCUGAACAGAACUUGAAGAAGAAGAAAAAUAUCGUCUUCUCCAAUUUACUAUUUUUUUGUGCAAUCAACAAAGUCGUUAUAGUCCAGGGCGCAUCUGUUUUGAGAUGGACGUUGAGAGGUGACUCAAAUUUUUUUGCAGAAAUUGCUUAAAAAUAACUCAAAUAAUAAUAUUUGACUUAUCCUCCCUCUCAAAAUGGUCCGGAACAUUGUUUAAAUAAUCAAAAUGUCAAAAUAUGAAGGAAAAAUUCGAAUUUUUUAUUGGUUUUUUGAUUAUAACUUUAAAAUUAUUCAUUUCUGAGAAAAGUUGUACUGACAUAAAAGUUGCGUAAUUAAAUUUCCUACAAUAUAUAAUUGGUUAAAAAUUUAAAAAAUAGUCACCCUUGUUGCAAAAUAGCAAUAAUUGCGAUAAAACCAUGCAAAAACAAGUAUUCGCAUUUUACGUUUUUUAACCAUUUAUGCUACACUUAGGACCUUCAUAUUUCACCCAGAAAAACUUUAUGAUACAGUAAAAUAAUUUCAUUAAGAUCGGUUCAACAUAUUUUGCAAAAUAAAUUUUGCAAUCCAGCUUUUGCAGAAAAAAUUCAUUUUUUAAAAAUGUUGCAGGACUGAAAAUAAAGCAGAUAACAAGUUGAAUUUUUUAUUGCUUAUAGAAGUGUACUGUACCUUUCAUUUGCAAUUUGCAAAAUUAAAAUCGAUUAAUUACCACGGCGUCAGGAAACUUUUUAAAUAAACAUUGAUUUUUGGUUCUACGCGCAGGACAGCGGUGUUCGAUUAACACAAGUUGAUUUCCACCAAAAUUUCUUCCAACCUUUAUCUAAUUUUCUUACUCUAUAUUUUGUUGUAUUUUAAUAUUUUAAUUCCCCAAAAAUCAAACUAAUUUUAUUAUUGUUUGUGAAAUAUUGUUUAAACAAUUGCAUAUGUUUAAAAAUAAUAAACUCUUAUUUUCUAAGUUAAAAUAUACGAACAAAGAAAGUUUUUGCUAAAAAGAGUGUUAUUUCAAAGGAUAGAGUAUGUGUUUUUAUUUUGCAAUAAACAAAUUUAUUUAUUUAUAUCGAAAUGUAAUAAAAAUUAAAAUGUAUCAAUCACUAUCAAAGGUCAUUGGAAUGCCCAAUCAGAGCAAACUAUCCGCUGUCCUGCGCGUAGCACCAAUAAUGAAUGUUUAUUUAAAAAAAUUCCUGACGCCGUGGUAGUUCAUCGAUUUUAAUUUUGCAAAUUGUAAAUGAAAGGUACAGUACACUUCUAUACGCGAAAAAAAUUUCAACUUGCUAUCUUCUUUAUUUUCAGUCCUGUAACAUUUCGAAAAAAUGAAUUUUUUUUGCGAAAGCUGGAUUGCACAAUUUAUUUUGCAAAAUCUAUUGAACCGAUCUUAAUGAAAUUUAUCGUAUUGUUUUAAUGUAUCAUAAGGUUUUUCUGGGUGAAAUAUGAAGGUCCUAAGUGUAACAUAAAUGGUUGAAAAACGUAAAAUGCGAAUACUUGUUCUUGUAUGGUUUUAUAGCAAUUAUUGCUAUUUUACAACAAGAGUGACUAUUUUUUAAAUUUUUAACUAAUUCUAUAUUGUAGGAAAUUUAAUUACGCAACUUUUAUGUCAGUACAACCUUUCUUGAAAAUGAAUACUUUUUAAGUUAUAAUCAAAAAACGUAGAAAAAAAUCGAAUUUUUCCUUCAUUUUUUGACAUUUUGAUUAUUUAAAGAAUGUUCCGGACCUUUUUGAGAGGGAGGAUAACUCAAAUAUUCUUAUUUGAGUUAUUUUCAAGCAAUUUCUGCAAAAAAAUUUGAGUCACCUCUCAACGUCCAAAUGUACUAAUAUUUUCACAGAUGCGCCCUGGUCUAUUAAACUUCUCAGUAUUUAAUUAUAAUACCCAUAAAUAAUUCAAGACAUUUAUUAAAGCAACCAUUACGGUGUUAUUGACAACAUCCUUAAUGAGUAAUGACCACCCAAAAAAGUUGAUUUGAUGUAUUUUUUAUGGGGCACUUCGAAGAUGAUGUUGGUCAAAACAAAUACUUGUUUGCGACUCUCAAAGUUGGUUUUUGUUGUUAAAAGUUGAUAAAAAUAAGCAGUCAACUUGUUUACAAUUUAGACAAAAAUUAAUGACGUCUUUCGAUUGUCUUUCGACUUAAUUAGAUGCAUAGUUAUACUUAAUUAAAUGGAUGAUAAAAACAUUCGGAUAUUAUGCAAAUUAUGCAGCCAUACUCGUUAAGGGGACUUUUACUUUUUUAAAUUGGAAAAAGGACAAUUUUUAAAUAUAAAAAAAAACUUUUCUUAAAUCAGGCGAUUUAUUUAUGGUUAUAAUUAUACCCAUAAUAAUAAUUAUAACCAUUAUCAAUAAAUAAAGAAAUAUUUUCUUAUAUUGUUAAGAAUGUUUUGAGGUACAAAAAUUUUUUUUGAUACUUUUAGUUGUUUUUGACCUCUGUAGAGUGUCCAAAAGAUGAAUUUUAAUUUGGGAGACACGUUUUUGCCUUUCUGUAACAAUUUUUGUUUAACCUUCCGAUGACCAACCUUUUUUUGUUACACGGAUGACCAAGGGGGGGGGGGGGGGAAAUGACCCCAGGUAAAAAAUGACAAUUAACAAAAAAAUGAAGUUUUCUUUUUUAUUUUUUUUAUGGCAUGGACAUUCAGCCAAACACAACGUGAGUAUUAGUUAUAUGUGUAGUGUGUAUGUUGAGUAAGUGUCUUGUUACUUUGCAAAGUCGACGUCAUUAGCGUAAAACUACUUGGAAUUACACAUAAUAGACGGUAUUUUACUAAACAUCAACUUCAGAAUAUAUUUUUAUUCGUAAAAUAUAGGGAAUUUUUUUUAUUUCAAAAUAUGAGGAUAUCUAGAAUGAUAUUAAAGUCAAAUAAAAAAAUAAUGAGUUAAAAAUUGAAAAUACUUUUGAAUUUAUUAAAGAAAAACAUACGCUGGGGUCACAAUUUCCCCCGCUUGGUCAUCCGAAGGUUAAUUGCAACAGGAUUCAAUUAGUUAGACUUAAUAAACACAUCUUUAAAAAAAUAAUUUUUUUAUAUGACUAUUGUCUUUAUACGCGAUACUAACCACUCAUCGCAAUUAAACGUUUUUUCUUUUAAAAGCAGCCUCCUACCGCGUUCCUUCCAAUACCGUUUUCAUAAUUUAAUUUAAUUUAAUAGUUGCCGAGAUAUUCUAUUUGUUUAUAAGUCAAAAAAUUGUUUAUAAUUUUAAAAUAUUCCUGAGGCCGUUUAAAUAGUCCAAUUUCAAUUCUGUAAAGUACAUUAGAUAGGUAUAGUGCCUUUUUAUACAAAAAUCAUAGUUAUUCUUAUGUAUCGUAAUUAUUAUGGUUAUUAUAGCGACCGUAAGUAAAUUGUUAAUUAACAAUUUAUUUGUUGCUAAAUUGUUCAUUCAAUUGUCAUCGGCUUCUGGAAAUAUAAUUUAUACCAAAAUGGCUUUUAUGUCACCAAGUUAUUUAAUUAUUGAUAAAUAAUUACUUACCUAAAAUUUUAGUUGAAAAUUAAAGAUUUUGUUGGAAAAGCCCGCAUUUUCCGAGGAAAAUUUUCGUCGAAGUAAAUCAGGAAAAACAUGUCUCUAUGCAGAAUUUAAUUACGAUGAAUUUUUAUUUGGGUGUUUUUGGUGUAAAGUUAAAAUCUUUGGAUUUAUAGAGCAAUCAUUGAAAAAAACAUUUGGGGGCGCCAUUUUGUUUAUAAAAAACGUAGCACACUAUCUGCGGACUUUGCAUACCUAUAUUAUUAAUAUAAUAGUCAUAAUAUUCGAUUCCAGCAAUAAAAUUGCUGGUAAAUAACCUUUCCCAAAAAUGGCCUAUUCUCGGAUAAUCUGCCCAGUCUAGUAGUACAUAAAAUUUUUAUUAAAAAUAUUCCUAGACCUUGUUAGGUGUGAUUUGGGAAAUGUUAUGGAAAUGCAGCAUAAUAAUCCGUUGUUGAAAUUUCGGAAAUGGAAUAAUUAUACAUUAUAGAGCUCAAAUUUCUAUUCAAGUGCCUGUUCAAUACACUAUUCGGUGAAAGUAGGUGUAAUCACUUUCAUUUUUAACAUAUUGACAAAUUUAUAUCUUAUAGUCCAGGCGAUUUAGACGAAAUUUGGUCAAAUGUGAAAAAAUAUAUGUUUUUUUGUAAAUAAACCUUCAAAAUGGUUAAAUAAUGAGAUCUAUUUUAUGGCUAUUAGAAAUGGUGGAAAAAAUCAUAAUAGUCGAGUUAACACAAUAUUUUUUCUUUGCUUUUUGCUAUUUGCUAAAACUACUGCUUCGUCGGCAUAUCUAAUGAUUUUUAGAGGCACUCUAUUCAGCAUGUGUAAAAACCUGAGGUGUCUCGUUCUGCUCUAGCAGCACUUAUGGUGAUUGUUCCUCAAUUUUCUGAAGGCGCUUCAGUAGUAGUGGCAGAACAUUUGCCGUGGGAGAGGGGUGACUUCCAAUAAAACACCAACCCCUAAAGACAUAGAUAAUAGCAUGUGCAAUAAGUUCCCUUAAUAAUAAAACUAAUAAGUACGUAUGCCUCAGAAAGCUGGACUAUGACAAAAACUGAGCGAUCAAUGUUACAAGUAUGGGAAAGAAAAAUACUUCAAAGGAUAUUUGGCGGAAAAAUAAUAAACAAUCAGUAGAUACGAAGAACAAACAAAAAGUUAGAAGAAUUAUAUAAGCAGCCUAAUAUAAUAUAAUUGCAGUAGUAAGAGCGCAGAGACUUAGAUGGUUAGGAUAUGUGCAAAGAAUGACUUAAGUUGGAAUGCCAAAAAUCUUGUUAAGCGCUAUAAUAGGUGGUAAAAAGAGAAAAGAAAAACCUAGGACCGCAUAGAGACAUGAAGUUAAUGCCGAUCUGAGGUAUCUCAAUGUAAGCAAUUGGAAACAAAAAGCCAAGAACAAACAGGAAUGGAGGAAGCUUGGAAACCAAACCAUGAGAAUCUUUGGCUCGAAGUGGUAAUAUAUCCAGAUUUAGUCAUACGGCUCACACUCCCUCUAAGGGGAAAAUUUACUCAUCCCAGAUACCUACGGUAUCAAAAGGAUUGAGCUCUGGUGGGACUCUUUCCGUGUUGUCGAGCCCUAGGUGACUUGGUAUGCAGGUGCCCAAAAAUUUUCGUACACAUCUGGCAGUUCUUGUAAAGAUGUUCAUUUAGACCCAGCUUUUUAUGCUUUCGAGGAGGUUCUUCGGAAUGACUCCAGUAGUAGACAUAAUAAUAGGUAUCGUCUGGGUACUUUGCAUUCUCCAUUGUCUUCGUAUUUGAAUUUCCAGAACUCUGUACUUGGCGAUCUUUUCAGUAAAUUUACUACGUAGAUUGUUGUUGUUAGGUAUCGCCGCAUCAAUUCGUGUUGUUUGUCUUGUUAAUUUAUUAACUAGUACGAGAUCUGGUCUAUUAUAUUAUACCACUGUUUGGCCUGUGAGCACAGUGCGGCCCCAGUAUAGCUUGUAGUUGCCAUCCUCAAGCAUACUCUCUGGGACGUAUUGAUAAUACGGGAGAUGGUCCGUUUGGAGAAGUCCCAGCUUGAUAGCUAUCUCUUGGUGAAGGAUUUUUCCCACUGCGUCAUGCCGUUCCUUGUAUUCAGUUGCAGCAAAUGCCUGGCAGGCCCCUGUAAGAUGUUGGAUGGUUUCUUGGGUUUGACAUCCAUAUCGGCAUUUGUCGUUUUGGACCUGAGGGUCUUUGAUGAUAUAUUUCAGGUAAUUUUUGGUUGGUAUAACCUGAUCCUGAAUGGCCAGUAAUGAACCCUCCGUUUCAGGGAACAUCUUUCCUGAUGUCAACCAAUAGUUCGACGCUGUAUUGUCGACAUAUAUUACUAUUGUUAUUAUUAUUUGUUAACAUCGUACUCAGUGUUAUUAAAAUCAAUUAAUUGUACAUGUUAUUGAAACAUUUUUGACGGUUUAUUUACAAAUUGACAGAGAAACGAUUAAAGACAAUCCAAAAUACCUGGGUGAAUCCCUUUAUGGAACUUUUUAUAAUCCAUAACUCUAACGUAAAUCUUAAAUAUACCUAACUGUUAUAUAUUUUAACUUACUGAAAAGACCUUUCGUAGGCUGUUUUUUAGACUUUUUUUCACAUUUAUUUUAAGUUGCAAUAUACAUAUACAAACAUUUAUUAUUAUUAUUAAGUUGAAGAUUUCUUGUUAAUUUAUUUAUGUUGAAGCGUAUGAGGACGACUACCAGAAAUUUUUGUUGCGCAGUAGUUUGUUUUUUAGUUUUUAAGUGGUGCUAAAAUGUAAUUCGUAGGAUGUACCAAAGUGGCUACCUUUCGUUGUUACUUCUGAAAUACAGGUAUUUUUUAAAAACUA